AUGGCCAUGUAUGGAAUGCCACGAGCUUCAAUUGCGAGGUUAUUGUACCCACAAGCAACAACGUCGUCGUCGAGGCCCUUGAACACGUACACGAAUGGAGGAGGUUUGAUACCUACAAGACUCGUAGUCAAAUUCAAGGACUUGAGAUCAUGGACGUUAGAAGGAGACGUGACAAAACUCUUGCUCACAUUGAACCGAUACGCUUAUGUCGACUCACCAUUGAGUUUGUUUGCAUUCAAGUCGAUGGAAUUCUUGACACCCGAAGACUUGCAGGGACACGCAUUGUACGAUCUGUAUGAAGAUUUUACAAGAAUGGGCGUCGCCUUGAGAGAUGGAAGCAGUGCGUACAGAGUGACCGAGCUGAAUACUGCAUUUGCAAUGUGUCCGACGUAUCCUCGACAACUUGUGGUACCAGCAGCUGCUAGUGACUCGGUGGUGGGGGCUGUGGCUUCAUUUCGUUCGAAGGGAAGACUACCGAUAUGUAGUUACGUGCACGCGCAGAACGGUGCUGCACUAUGGCGAUGCGCGCAGCCUAAUCGCGGUAUUCUUCAUACCCAGAGUCCUGCAGACGAAGAGUAUCUGCUCCACAUUGCUCGUGCUUCAUCUGGUCCAACAUCGUUGUGUUCAGGGACAAAAACUCGCAUGAUUUGGAUUGCAGAUUGUCGUCCAGAGUUGAAUGCGCGUGUAAACAACUUGACAGGUGGCGGUACGGAGAGUGGGAAUCUUGCUCAUGCACGUGUGACGUUCUUAAACAUUGGGAAUAUUCACGCCAUGCGCGAGAGCAUCGAAGCUGUUCGUAGUCUAGGAGGCUUCAUGGCUUCAAUAAACAACACGGAGUCAAUUGAUCUCUCGUGGGGCACUCGCGUCGAGGAUACUAAAUGGCUUUUGCAUGUGCGCCGCGUCCUGAGUGGGGCACUGCAAGUUGCACGCGCACUUGAAGCCCAAGCCACCACCGUGGUUGUGCACUGUAGCGAUGGUUGGGACCGCACGGCUCAACUCUGUGGCCUUGCACAACUACUAGUCGACGGUCAUUAUCGUACACGCCGAGGCUUUCUUGAGGUGAUUGAGAAGGAAUGGGUUCGUGCUGGUCACAAAUUUCAGGAUCGUGUCGCGCCUGGUAAGGCUGAAGAUGACGACGAUCAACAAGCGCCGAUUUUCCUGCAGUUCCUCGAUUGCGUGUGGCAGCUCAUUCGCAUCUUUCCAACACACUUUGAAUUCAAUGAACGUAUGCUUGAGACAAUGGCAGACGCAAUUUUCUCCGGGAGAUACGGCACGUUUUUGGGAAACUGCGAGUGCGAGCGUGGCACCUGGAGUGUGCGUGAACGAACCCCUUCACUUUAUGCGUCUGUCCUGAAGGAUGAUCGUUUCGUGAAUCCGUUUUACCGUGGUAGCAACACAGCAGCGUUGUUGCCGGACCCAUCGUCCGUGUUACGUCAAGUAACGUUGUGGAGUUCAUACUACUUUCGCGGGGCUCCGUUUCCAGCAUCACCGGCAGGUAAUCCUACUCCACCAAUGUACGCAGUGAACGAUUUAGGAGAAGACACUGCAGCGUCUAGUGGUGCACAGGAAGAUAUGGAGAUUGCCAUGAUGGCUGCACUGCGUAGGAUCCGCGCGUUAGAAGACGAACUUGGCUCUGCUACAGCAAAGUCUGCUCCUCUUCCACGGUCACCAUGCGUUUCGUAUCCGCCGUUGUAUUCAGCAGCAGCAGAAUCGGACAUGUCUGCGCGCAUCCAGCAAAAACACCAGCCAGAGAUGCCUAUCGACCAGGGAAGUUUCUCAAAUGAUUUCCACCAUUCUAGCAGCAAUUGCAGCUCCAUUAGCAGCGAUGGAAGUUUGAAUGAUGCCCGUGCUCCUCCAGUGUUGCCACGAACACCAACACCAUAUCCUACGUCAGCACCGAUGUUAGUGCAAACAGCACCGUGGACAUGCGGCCUUUGCACCAAGACUAACGCAGCCAACGUCCUUCAAUGCGUCGUAUGUGGCCGUACGCCACGGUAA